GGCACGGCGACGGGCGGCUACGCGGGGUCCUUGCGGCGGGGCGGGGUGACCUUGUAGAGAUGGCGGAAGCGGCGCGGCGGCUGGUGCGGAGUUUGGUGGCGGGGGCGCCCGUACUGGCCAGCGCUACCGUGCAGUACUCAAGGCCUCGUCUAGCAACCUUUUGGAAAUAUGCUCGAGUAGAGCUGUCUCCUCCAACUCCUGGUGAAAUCCCAGUGGCUGUUGCAAGCUUCAAGGGCCUUGUUGCAUCAUUCAAGGCUGGGAGUUACAAACAAAUUACUGUCAAGGAUUCCAUGAGGAAUGCAUUAGUUGCCACCGAAGUCCUGAUGUGGUUUUACAUUGGUGAGGUCAUUGGCCGAGGAAGCUUGAUCGGAUACAAUGUUUGAACUCCCUUGUAUUCCAUUGUAUAUGGAUCACCGUAACAAUAUUCAAAAUAAAUCUAUUAUUACCACUUGAAA